AGGAGAAUAGAGGGGCAAGAAUAGAACUGGGUUUGGCAAGCGUGGUGAUUUUACACCUACCUUUUAACCGGACCGUGGCUGAUUGUAUUGUAUCCAUUUCACGAUACAUAUCAUGCUUUGCCUAGGUGGUUUCCCUAAGAAACGUGUAUUUCUGUUUUACAUACUAUUACAACAUUUUAUUGUCGCUGUGACAGAGUCAUUUAACAGCAUUUCGUACGAUCGAAGCUAGUUUUCAAUAAAGUGUAGAUAUACUAGAAAUAUGAGAUUACGGAAAGUUGUGAUAUGUAUGUCGUAAAAUUGUAACGUGCUACGACUUAAUAAAUCUGUCAGCUUCUGAAAAAUUACACUUUAACUUCCGAUCAAUCUGAAAACUCUAAGAAUGACUUAAACGGAUCACGAUCAUUAUUAAAGAGCUUCAAUGCGCGAUGGUGGAUAUUAUAUUAUGUUGGAUAUGUUGGCUGUUUUGGGUGGGACUACCGACACUCACAGCUUAUCCUAUAUCAUCUUCGAUACAAACAGAUCUUUCAUAUAUCCAUAUUACAUCAGGAUGGGAACGAUAUUGGAUACAGUGUAUGAUCGCUGUUUUAAGUAUAACUGCUGCAGCAUUUACUUUAGUUGGAUGUCUUUGUUGUCGAAGACCUAGAAGACCGAAAGGAUUCCAGGAUACAGCAGAAAAGUACAAGCAGGAAUUCAAAGACGGAAACAACAUUGGACCGGAGUCAGCACUUGAGCACACUAUCGAAGGAUUAGAAUUAGAUGUUCCUCGUAUGUUAACUAUUGCAGAUAGAGUUCAGUUUGAGCCUCUACCUGUAGAUCAUAUUAUAUCCGGAUCUAAAAAUUCCUCGAAACUUAAACCAUUACCACUAUCAACAUCAUUUUUUGAAGAACGUGAUUCUGAUCCUAAUACUUUACCAGAACACUGUCGCGAUUGGUUUGAUGCACAGGAGUUAUCUGUGCCUAGAGAAAAGUUAAAAUAUUUGAGAGAAUUAGGUCAUGGUUGGUUCGGAAAAGUUGUAGAAGGUCGUGCAGACUUGGAAGAAUGUAAAAGGAUAUCAAAGAAUGGAGGUGUAGUUGUAAGAAUUCUCACAGAAGAAGCUACCACAAAAGAGAAGGCUUGGUUUCUUGGUGAAGCAACGCCAUAUUUGAAGCUACAACAUCAAAAUAUUUUGACUUUGUUGGGUCUUUGUCUAGACACCGAUCCAUACUUAUUAAUAUUUGAAUCUUGUCCAGUAGGUGAUCUUAAACGGUUUCUAUUAUCAAAUUAUGAUUUAAAAUCUCAAAAUGCACUUAUUAAAGAAAAUAUUCCAAUUCGAAUGGCACUAGAUAUCGCAGCUGGUUUGAAACAUAUGCAUGAUUAUGGGUUUGUGCAUACAGAUUUAUCUGCAAGAAAUUGUUUAGUAGCAUCAGAUUUAUCAGCAAAAUUAGGAGAUUAUGGGACUGGUGUAGAAAAAUAUCCUGAAGAUUAUUAUGUAGUAGGAGAUCGUGCAUUACCUAUAAGAUGGUCAGCACCAGAAAGCAUCGAAUGUACAGAUACUACUAUUGAAACAAGAGAGAUUACACCUCAAGCAAAUAUGUGGAGUUACGGUAUUUUUCUUUGGGAAAUUGCUACUUGGGGAAGCAAACCAUACAACGAUAAGAGCGAUGAGCAAGUUAUUCAAAUGCUGUUAUCUCUAAGAACUGAUUCUUUGCCAAAUGGUACACAAGUAUUACAGACCUACUUGGAAGGGUGUGCAUCAAAUAUACUUCAAGCAAUUCAAUUAUGUUUGGAUUCAAAACCGCAAAAGAGAUCAACAUUGGAUGAAGUGAAGCAAAUCCUUUUGAAUGAAUAUACAGACUAUUUAGACUUUGAUCAAAGAUGGGAAAGUUUACGAGUGAAUAAAAUUAAACACAUUCGCAGUGCUAGCUUACAAGAUCUUAGAGGUAGCAUUGAUUCAGACUACUGGACUACAAUCGUUGAUGACACACCACGGCAAUCUUCAUUUCGUCUUGGACCAUGCGAGCCUGUAAAGAAUGUACCAAAUGUUAAAAAUAUAGUUGUCCAUCAUGAGUCUAGCUCUGAAACUGAAGAAGAAAGUUGGAAAAGACAAAUUGAACAAGGAGUUUAUACUGAAAAGGUGAAAGAAAAAUCUAAAUCUGUUACUGAUCUAAUGGUGCUUGUUCAUAUUGAUCUUGAUUCUGAUGCAGAAGUGUCAAUGGGAACUCAAGUACCAGAUAAAUAUGUUAAGAAAAAAUUACCAGCUAGUGGCAGUGAUAGUGACAUUAGACAUAGUGUUCAUACGGAUGAAUUUGAUGAAGCAUUAAGAAAGUUACGAGAUUCUUUGCCAAAUAAUACUUCUCAUAAGAUCAAAAUGUUAGAUACUUCAGAAAGGCCUAAACUACUGACGUUAACAAUGGAUCAGGGUCAAACGCCAAUCUUAAGGUUAUCAUUAGAUGAUGAUGAAUCUGUCACAGAAAACAGUGCUACACCUACUGCAAAUGCGAAUGUGGAAACUCGUAGUGAUAAACACGUAUUGAGACUUCUGUCAAAAGGAAAUCCAGAUUUACCCCUUCUUCGUUUUGUACCUGAUGUCGCGUCUUCUUGUGAAACGUUACAGGAAAACAUUGAAUCUCAAUAUAACGAUGUAUCUAAACAUGAAAACAAUGAUAAUAGUUACUUCUCUAAUAAUUUUUCUGUUAAUUAUGAAGAACUUGAAAAUCAAAUAGUCGAUGUUGAACUGUGGAAUCAUGCAUUAGAUUCUGUUUUAAAGAAGAAAGUUCCUGGUUUUUUGUAUGAAGGUGAAUUCAAUCAAUAUACAGAACCUUCUACUAAACAAGUAAGUAAUGAUACACCAGAAUUGAUCGUAACUGCUGUAUCUACAGAAAAUACGCCACAAUGUCAAACAAAAUAUUCUACAUAUAACACGAGUGAUGAAUUUUCUAAUGUUGAUGAUAUUGACAUGGAACGACAAUGUAUACCUAAUGAUGAAGAAGAGGAAAGAAAGCAAUUAUCUACUCCGGAUGAUGAACAAAGUUCUGAUUCCGGUUUCAGGGAUAAAGAGUCUUGCGAAGAAGAAGAAAAUGUUUGUUCAUCCUCGGUUCCUGCAUCUUCUGUUAAUGAUUCUGCUAUGAACACAUCAACAUGUACAGAAGAACAACAGUUACAGAUUUUAUUUGAAUUAGACGCAAUUCUCGAUGCUGAAUAUUAUGCAACAUUACAAGGUCCUGAAAAAGUAACAGAAAGCUUAUCCCUUGUUAAGUGUACAGGUGACAGAAUGUUUCAAGUAAAUGAUGAGGAAUCCGAUUCUUUGAAAACUGUAGAUACUAUAGUCGAAAUAGAAGUUGGCGGUGCUGUAAACGUUAAUUCGACAGAAAAUAAUACUGUAAUAUCAGUGUCAGAAGGUGAGAAAGAAGUAGAAGCAGAUAUUGUAUGUAAACGUGAAGAACAUGUAGAAGUAAGAAAUUCAAAUAAUAUUAGCGUUACUUCACCAUUAAAAGAUGCAAUCCAGAAUCACAGAGUUGCGGACUUACAAAAUCACUCUGUAUCGAUGGAUAUGGAAUGUAUGAAUACACAUAGGACAUUGGAAGAAUAUCUACCGAAUGUAAACAAAAUUGAGAACGAAACUGAAAAAUCUGAAAGUGCAAACGAAAUCGAAAAGUUUGAAAUUGAAAACGAAAGUAAAAAUGAAAAUAGUACUGAAACUAAAAGUGAAAAUAGAAAUAAAACUGAGAACGAAAUUGAAAAUAGAAGUGAAGCUGAAAACGAAAUUGAAAAUAAAAGUGAAACUGAGAAUGAAAGUGAAAAUAGAAAUGAAGAUGAAAACAAAUACCAAAAUCAAAAUGCAAAUACAAAUGAUGAAGAGGAAGAUAGUUCUACAAUGAGUUUACGCAGUGAUAAUUCUUAUGUAUCAUUUGGUAUGGAAGAAGAGUUUGUGACAGCAAUUCGAAAUGAACUAAGAGAGAAAUUGCCGUGUGCUCAAAUGUCUGUUGUAGAACCUUUAGAGAUGCAUGAUGAUGACGAUAAUCCUUCUCUAUCUACUGACAUUGAAAAUAAACAAUGGGAUGAUGAUGAUGAAGAUAAUGAAGAGAUGUCGAAUCAGGGUAGCGGAGGAGUGGGUAUUUCGAUAAGGUAUAACAUAUAUGGUACUCCACUAAGUCCGAUCCAAGAAGAACGAGAAAGUACUCUUACAUCAGAGUCCCUAAUGUCAAAUUCUAGAGAUACGUCAAUCACUUCAAGAGAAUCAGCUGUAUCGGAUGAUGUGUUGUUAGUUGAUACUCGGACAAACAAAAUGGUUUUAUUGGAAGGUUUAGGAGAGAGAUUGCACGACGAUGAACGAGAUACUACUAAUGGAGACCUAUCCGAAGAAGAAAAUUUAGACUAUAACUGUUCGGUAGUACGUUCUCGCGAUGAAAAGUCACAUAUUAUGAUUGGAAGUGGAGUGGCCCCUUUGCCCAGUCCUGAAGAAGAAUCUAAAUGGCAACAAUUACCUCCACCUUUCCCACUUCCAUUGCCUUUACCGGUAGAGGAUGGAUUAAUGUCAACAAGUUUUGGAACUGAACAUGGGUGGGGCAGUCAAGAUGAAGAUGAAGAAGAAGAAGAGGAGGAGGAGGAUGAAGAAGAUGAGGAUGAAGAUAACAGUUCUAGUUCUGGAGAAUUUGUUUGGAAGAGGUACAAUGAACCGCAUGUUGAACAAGUUCAAACUCGAAGCAUGUUGGCAAGUAAUAGCGAAGGGUCAGCUGUUGAUAUCGAAGAUGAGAUGGAUGCAGAAGAAGAGGAAGAAGAUGAAGAAGAAGAGGAAGAGGAAGAGGAAGAUGAGGAGGAAGAAGAAUUUACACCUUCAGCUUGGAACGCAACAUUAGCUCCGCAUCGUUCCGCAUUAAGAUCUCCAGACAAAACAUUAAAAUCUGGCGACGAUUCGGAUCAAAAGAAGAGUGUUUGGUUCAAGAAGCAACGCUAUCACUGCGUAUACGAAUAUCCGAAGGAAACAUUAGCUACCGAUACUCAAGGAGAAACAUCUACCACCUGGGAGCCUACUUCAUAUGCUGGUAGUGUGUCUAAUAAACACAUUAGCUUAGAAUAUUGUAGUAGCUCAGCAUUAUCCUUAAAUUGGGAGGAAAUGCUAGAUGAGCCACGAUUAGAUCUGUAUCCACUGGAUUAUGAUGAUGGUAACCAUACAGGAAACGAGGAAUUUUUUGUGAGCAGUUCAAAUCGUCCAUUUCAAUUUCAAACUAGUGACAGUAAAUAUGUAAGUCAAUUCUUUCCUGGUGCUUCUACAUCGGCUAAUGAAGAAUCAGACGAAGUAGACAGCGGCCAUCAAGUAGUACAGCAGAAUAGAAUGGAAUUGAUGAGUGAUUACGGGCACAGUCAGCAACAUCAGUUAGGAGAACUCAGACACACGAGGGAUCGUUUGAAAUUAAAUUUGUCUACGAACGGCACACCGUCAUUUCUCGUUAAACAGUUAAAAGAGGAUGAUAUUGAACAAUUGGAAGAGAAGGAUAAGGUCGUGGAAACAGCGGAAAAUGUAGACUUUACUGAAAAUCAAUGCAUCCUAUCGAAUUCCUCGAACCAUGAUCUUUUACCAAUGGUGCCUCUCCGUGAUAUUCGACAAGAGAGAAGUCUUGAUCCAGCUUCUUCAAAAAGUGUCCAAUGUGAUAGCCAGAGAAAUGUUGAACCCACCGAUAAGUGCAGUGUUUUAAUCGACGACUAACGUAUCGCAAAGCCAAUUGUAAAUUUUUAAAGGAAAUACUUUAUCCGAAGUCCGUCCGAAAUAAUUUCUUUGCAAAAUUACAAUGAUAUCUCAAACCAACGAGAUCAUUGUAUGUAAAUUGAUUCUUGAAUAUUAUACAUAAGGCUCUAUGUGUACAUAAAAAAUGUAGCAACUUUUUAUUUUACGGCUAAAAUUUCAUCGAUUGUCCAUAGUAUUUCGUAGUUAAGUAUGAAAAAUUUUUUUGUUGUAUAGAAGUGUAUCAAUAUAUAAAUAGACUUUAAGAUUAACAUAA